AUUGGAUAUUAGGACGUCCUGGAUAUUGACAGUGUUUGAUCACAAAGCUGAAGCUAUUUUUUCAAUUACUGAUGAUAAUUCUUAAAAAUAUGGCGUAAAUAGUAGAUAAAAAAGAAUGAAAGGCAAAGGGAAGGGAAUAUCUGACCAAGAUUGCCCUCUACUGUUUCCUGACCUUGAGCCAGUAGACCAUGAAACAAAAUGUCCAAAAUAUACAACCAUUUUAGCUAGACCAGAAGAAGAAGGUAUAGUUGUAGAAGAACUAGACCAGAUACAAAUUGAUGUAGAGACCUUGUUAGCUGCUGUGGGAUUACGUUUAAAACAACUAGAGGAAGAGAAAAGUACGCUGAAUAACUGGCAGGAUAAAAAAGAUGGCAAACUUGUUAAAAAUCAACAGCCAGAAACCCCUCCACCAUCCUUGAAGAGAGGUAAAACUGCAGAUGAAAAACCCAGUAAGAAAUUUAAAAGUCAGGGACCAGAUGUAUCUGGUAAAGGAGCACAUGCAACACCUCCAGGCAAACCAAAAGGAAAAAUAGCACAGGUGAGAUCAGAACUAGAAUUUGCAGCUGAUUCUCCUGAAAUCUUACCAAGACUACAUAAAAAUGAUGUUGUAAAUAAGUUCUGGCAGUCUGUAGAGCCUUACUGUUCUGAUAUUACCAAUGAAGACAUCAAAGUUCUGGAGGAUCUUCUCAGGUCACAUGACAAUGAUGACGAUUACUUUAGAAUACCACCACUUGGCAAACAUUAUACAGAGAAGUGGGCAGAGGAAGAUAUACUAGAAGAACAGAGGGAUGGUGCCAAAAUGAAUAGCAAAACAAGAAAUACAAACAAUAAUCAUUACAACAAUACAGAAGACAGUACAACAUUACUGAAGAAAGCAGAACAGAACAAUAUAGAUGAAUCCCCAUUUGGACCUCUGACACAGAGACUAGUAUCAGCCCUUAUUGAGGAGAACAUUAUGACCUCUAUUGAUGAUGUUAUGACAGAUGUAAAUGGUGGAUCUGAGGCACCAGCUAUAUCACCAAAGGCUCUAGCAAAACAAUUAAAUAUUGGUAAUCCAAGUCAUUUGGAGAAGAGAAUCAAAAGAGAGCUUGAAGAGCAGGGUCUUUUAGAUAGUGAAGAUAAAGUUGAUGAUGACCCAGAUGAUGAGAUUCUAAUGGAACUAAAACAAAAACAACAAGAACUUAAAACAUUAUGUCAACAUAAUAUUAGUAUGACCCAAAAUAUGUUAGAUAAAGCUAGGGAGGAAAUGAAAAAACAGGACUUGAAGAAAAAACUAGCUGCAGCAGAUUCAGAGAUUCUUGAAGCAUACAGAAAAGUGCAAUUAGCUAAACAGAAGAAAAAGACUCCAACAAAGAAAGAACGAGAUUCUGUAUGGAAAGCUCUGAAGGACAGAGAAAAUAUGGUUAAAGUGAUUGAAGGGUCUGAGAAGUGAAUUGAUUUAUAGAAUGCCAAGCAGUCAUUUACUGUCUAUGUUGUAUCUAGUUGGUAAUAUUUGAUUCAGUUGCAAUAUUUGGGAAAUAUAAACAAAAAGUAACGGCAAACAGGACAAUUUAGAAGUGUGGUGCUUUGAAUGAUUUUUAUAGAAUAAACUCUCAGGAUUAUGACUUUAAUAUUAACUAUAUCAUCAAUAGAAUAUACAUUCACAGACAUAAGAAAAUGAAUAAUUGAAUGCCUUAAAUACUCUUUUCUGAAAAUACCUUCUUUAAUAAUAAAGUUGGUAUCUUAUUCAGAAAAUAAUAGUUUGUUAUUGACUAGAUUUCAUGUACAUAUAAAGGCAAUUAUUAUUAUGUUUAUUUUACAUGAAAAUAUUAUUUUAAAUUUAAGACUUCAAUCUAGCUGAAGCUUAAGUAAAUCUUAAAGUUUCAGUAUUUUAUAAAUUAUAAGUGUACUUAAUAUUAUUCAUCAUUCAAUGUAUUAUAUUUGCAUCUCAUAAAGACAUAAUAUCAUUUUUUCUUUCAUACUUAAUAUUGAACCCAAUUUCUAACCAUACUUUUGCAUGAUAUCUGUCAAAAAAACAAUCAUACACUUAGCCAGGGGGGAAGACCCCCCCCCCCCCUUGAAACCAAAUAAGCACUGUAAAAGAUAAUGUUCUGUUCAAAUUGUGACUGUUAAAGUCAAGUUCAUGAGUCCAAAUAACCCCCGUUGGUAAUUCCUGGCUACCCUGGCUAUGGACCUGACAAUGAUGCUUAGUUCACCAUGAUCUGAGUUUUUCUAUGCAUUUACCCAUACCUUUAUCCGAAAUGUUCAAAACCAACAAUUGCAGUUCAAGCAAAAAUAAUCAGCAUUGAAAAUUUUCUCUUAAAAGGUUACAAAUAUACUUUUUUUUUAUGUAUGAAGGCAUGUAUACCAAUCAUGGAUUUAGAUUUUUUUUUAAUGAGUGUUUGAGGGAUGGGGUUCCACAUAGAGAAGGGGAUUUCACACUAACUGUUACAUAAUUAACAAACAAAUCCUAAAUUCUUUUAGAUCUGUCAUUAUGGAACACAAUAUCACCAAAAAGAAAACAAUAUAAGUGCAAAAAUGAUGUCAUAGAUUAUCAUAGUGAACUUCAUAUUAGUUUACACUCUAGAAAUUCAAUCUGAAAAGAAGAUUGCAGUGCAAAAUCAUAUGAACAGAAUUAUCACGCUCUGUUGAUAUCAAACAUUUAAUUUGGGCUAUAUAUAAUUGAACCUUCAGCUGUAAAAUGGCCUUAAGAUAUCUUUUAAAAUUGUUGUUUUUGCAGAGAUUUGAAAUUGACAGAGGAAUAAUAUUUAUCUGGAAUGUUUUUUUAUUUAUUUAUAUCACCAUAAAACAUCCAAUAUGAAUCAGUUUAAGACGUUUCCUUAUAUUUGUGUAUUUGUUUGUAAUAUGUAGUUGUUUUUUAUAUGUUGUGUAAUUACUUCGUUUACAGAAGUAUUUAGAUGUAUCAAUAAAUAAAUAAAAAAAUAGUAAUUCUG